GAGCGGGUGAGCCGGCGGGCAGCUCCAGACUUCCCCGGCGGCGGCAGCGGCGGGCCAGGCGUUCCAGCCGAGCGCGAGGCCGGCGCUGAGCUCGCCCCGGAGACCGCGCCUCCUCGGCCGGGCGCAGACGGCGGCUGGGCGGCUCGCGGAGGAUUGGGAGGGCGCGGUCCGGGUCGGGGGCUUUCUCCCGGCCGCCUCCCGCCGGGUGUGAGUUCGAGGCGCCUCCGGGGAAGCCGCGGCCCCGAGGGCAGAUCCGAGAUAACCCUUUUUCUACCACUGUACAAUAACUCACAAGCCGCAACCCUUGGACACGCAAUUCCACAAGCAAACUUCAAGUCUUUUGCAAGAACAUUAAAGUCACAAUGAAUGGUCAUAUUUCUAAUCAUCCCAGUGGUUUUGGAAUGUAUCCAUCUCAAAUGAAUGGCUACGGAUCAUCACCCACCUUUUCCAUGGACAGAGAACACAGUUCAAGAACAAGUGCAAAGGCUCUCUAUGGACCAGACGGAUUAUACUUCUUCAGAUCGUCAUCCAAACAGAAAAAGAAAGAACAAAGGAAGAAUUAUGCACGGGAUAGUGUCAGCAGCGUGUCAGAUAUAUCCCAAUACCAUGUUGAACACUUGACUACCUUUGUUCUGGAUCGGAAAGAUGCUAUGAUAACUGUUGACGAUGGAAUAAGGAAGCUGAAAUUGCUUGAUGCCAAGGGCAAAAUAUGGACUCAAGAUAUGAUUCUUCAAGUGGACGAGAGGGCUGUGAGCCUGAUUGAUUUAGAAUCGAAGAAUGAACUGGAGAAUUUUCCUUUGAACACAAUCCAGCACUGCCAAGCUGUGAUGCACUUGUGUAACUAUGAUUCAAUUCUUGCCCUCGUGUGCAAAGAGUCAACUCAGAACAAGCCUGAUCUUCAUCUUUUCCAGUGUGAUGAGAUUAAGGCAAACCUAAUUAGUGAAGAUAUUGAAAGUGCAAUCAGCGACAGUAAAGGAGGGAAACAGAAGAGGCGGCCUGAUGUCCUGAGGAUGAUUUCCAAAGCAGACCCUGGUAUACCGCCUCCACCCAGAGCUCCCGCCCCUGUGCCUCCUGGAACUGUGACCCAGGUGGAUGUUAGAAGUCGGGUGGCAGCCUGGUCCGCACUGGCAGCUGACCAAGGGGACUUUGAGAAACAAAGGCAUUAUCAUCAGCAAGAAGAAACACCUGAGAUGAUGGCAGCUCGCAUUGACAGAGAUGUGCAAAUCUUAAACCACAUUUUGGAUGACAUUGAAUUUUUUAUCACAAAACUCCAAAAAGCAGCUGAAGCAUUUUCUGAGCUUUCUAAAAGGAAGAAAGCUAAGAAAGGUAAAAAGAAAGGACCAGGAGAGGGUGUUUUAACACUGAGGGCAAAACCUCCACCUCCUGACUCAUUUGUUGACUGUUUCCAAAAGUUUAAACAUGGAUUUAACCUUCUGGCCAAAUUGAAGUCUCACAUCCAGAAUCCUAGUGCUGCAGAUUUGGUUCAUUUUUUAUUUACUCCAUUAAAUAUGGUUGUGCAGGCAACAGGAGGUCCUGAACUAGCCAGUUCAGUACUCAGCCCCCUACUGACUAAGGACACAAUCGAUUUCUUGAGUUACACUGUCAAUGUCGAUGAGAGGCAGCUGUGGGUGUCAUUGGGCGACUCGUGGAUGAAAGCCAGAGCAGAGUGGCCAAAAGAACAGUUUAUCCCACCCUAUGUCCCGCGCUUCCGCAGUGGUUGGGAGCCCCCGAUGCUGAACUUCAUGGGAACAUCAGUGGAGCCGGAUCUCUAUCAACUGACCGAGUCUGUGGCAAACGCAGCAGAACAGCAUCGCAAGCAAGAAACAAAAAGAUUAUCCACAGAGCACUCCAGUGUAUCAGAAUAUCCUCCAGCUGAUGGGUACACAGUAUUCAAUAACAUUUAUGGAAGAGGGCCCCAGGUGGACCAAGGGGAAGCCGCUGUUGCUUUUAAGCCAACUCCUCAUCGCCAUGUAGAUAGAAAUUAUGAUCUACAACCCAAGAAAUAUGCCAAAUCCAGGUAUGACUUUGUGGCAAGGAACAACAGUGAGCUCUCAGUUCAAAAGGAUGAUAUUUUAGAGAUCCUUGAUGAUAGGAAGCAAUGGUGGAAAGUUCGAAAUGCAAGUGGAGAUUCUGGAUUUGUGCCAAACAACAUUUUGGAUAUCGUGAGGCCUCCAGAGUCUGGAUUAGGGCGUGCUGACCCACCUUACACGCAUACUAUACAGCUGUUGAUGCCAAAGAAGGAGUUUGAGCUAUUCAAGAAACAGAGGAUGGAGUGUGGUCCAAGAGCAACUGACAUUCCCUCUGCGCCAUCACCUCCUCCAACGCCAGCUCCUGUUCCUGUUCCCCUCCCACCUUCUGCUUCAGCACCUCUUCCUGUGUCAAAGGUCCCAGCAAAUGUAACCCGUCAGAACAGCAGCUCCAGUGACAGUGGUGGCAGUAUUGUGCGAGAUAGCCAACGACAAAAACAAGUUCCUGUGGACCGAAGGAAAUCUCAGAUGGAGGAAGUGCAGGAUGAACUCAUCCACAGACUGACCAUUGGUCGGAGCGCCGCCCAGAAGAAGUUCCACGUGCCACGGCAGAAUGUGCCAGUUGUCAAUAUCACUUAUGACUCCACCCCAGAGGAUGUGAAGACAUGGUUGCAGUCAAAGGGGUUCAGCCCUGUAACUGUCAAUAGUCUUGGAGUAUUAAAUGGUGCACAACUUUUCUCUCUCAAUAAAGAUGAACUGAGAACCGUCUGUCCUGAAGGGGCCAGAGUCUUUAGCCAAAUCACUGUACAGAAAGCUGCAUUAGAGGAUAACAACGGCAGCUCUGAGUUGCAAGAAAUCAUGCGAAGACGGCAGGAAAAAAUCAGUGCUGCUGCUAGCGAUUCGGGAGUGGAAUCUUUUGAUGAGGGAAGCAGUCACUAAUUAGUUUUUAAACUCCAUUAUUCUUGGCAUUAUUCCAACGUGCUUUGUUUUCAGAAGCCAUGAAGGGAACGUCAGAUUCUUAUUUCUUGGUAUACAGAAUUUAUCGCCAUAAAGAAACAAUGCAAACGUAAGUAAGCAGAGGACUUGCUUCUGGGCCCGUUAUUUUUAUUCAAAUGAAAAAAUUUUAAACAGAAUUUCUCCCCUUGGGAAAUAUUUUGCCUACUUUACCAAGGUGAGGUUUCCUUUAUUGGAUUAAUUAUUUCAUCCCCAUCUCAAUGCCUAAGCAGACUUUUUUUUUUUUUUUGACAGUGGUGAGUUUAUUUAUU